UUCAAAGCGAGGCUACGCGACUUGUGUUCUGUAUUGAGGUUGGAAUUUCAAGAAUUUCAGUGGAUUUUAUCUACACCGUAGUCAUAAAUUUGGAUGUAACAGACGAUAUUAGAAGAUCUGAACAUAGGAAGGGUAGUUCCAAGGGAACAGAAAUGAAUGGAGAGAACCUGUGAUCAUGGGCUGAGUACACAGGCAAGAGGAAGAGGAAAGCCUAUGGAAGAGAAAGUUUAAGGAGAGAAAUCUUCCUGUCACGGUGUUGGUGUUGGAGAUAAUGAGGCAAUCAUUUCGCACCAACCAGAGCAGCGGGCCUGGGGCUGGGAAGAAGGUGGUCAAUGUGGUGCUAUUAAAUAAAGAAGAAUUAGAAAUAUAUGUCGAGCCUAAGGGUAAAGUGCAAGAUGUCUUCAACCAAGUUUGUGAGUACCUCAGUCUAAGAGAAAAUGAAUACUUUGGAUUGGCUCAACUAAUAGAUGGGGAAUUUCAUUUCUUAGACCCCGAGUGCAAAUUAACCAAAUAUACUCCAAAAUGCUGGAAGUCUGGGAAUGGCUGUGACAGCAGCGGCAAGCCAGCAUUCACACUGUAUUUCAAAGUGCAAUUCUAUGUAGAUCAUGAACUUUUACUAAGGGAAAGGAUAUGUCGUCAUCACUACUAUCUUCAGCUUAGAGAAAACUUCAACCACUACUGCCAGCUAUGUACAGAGGAGCGGUGCUUUCUUCUUGCCUCGUACGCUCUGCAGGCCGAUCUUGGGAACUUUCUGGGACGUAAACACAGUGGACAGUAUUUUGACCCGAGGGCAUAUUUUCCUGCGUGGGUCUUGGAUAAAAGGGGUUUAGAGUAUAUAGUAGAACACAUGCCAUCAAUCCAUCGAGACCUGCGAGGGAUGACCAAGUCCGAAGCUCAGCUGCACUUUGUCAAAGAAUCCUCCGUAUCACCCGCAGCACACAAUUUACACUUUUAUCGACUGAAAAAAAGAAAAAAUGAAGAUCCAGGUUCGAUUUGGCUUGGUAUCUGUGCAAAAGGGAUUGAAAUUUAUGAGGAAGAUGAAAAGGGUCUAAAAAGCAUGUUAACAAGUUUUCAGUGGCCUAAUAUUGGGAAACUUUAUUUUGAGAAAAAGAAGUUUGAGAUUCGUGCUGUGGGUGUGCCAGACCAGAGAAAGUUCACCUACUACACUGGCAGCGAUGAGCGCUCCAAGUACCUGUUACAGCUGUGUCGCAGCACACAUAUGUUCCAAAUGGCAAUACAGCCCAAACUGGCCGAAAUACAACACCUGGAGGCUGAAGAUAAACGCAGAAGUUACCGCGAGUCCUACAUCUAUAGCGAUACUUCAGACUUGGCAUGGGAACAAGAGCAGGCCUCUAUCAGCAGUAACAUGUCCCUCCAGAACAUCACCACACUGCCAAAGAAGGGCGACCCCAGAAUCUCGGUGAUCAGCAACACCAGCUCCAACACGACCUCUGGCAUUGUCAGCGACAAGAUGCACAUCAGCUUUGAUGACAGUGAAGUUGAGGACCGUGAGGGUGAAAAUGCCCCAGACUCCUCCAAGAGGGACUCCUACUUGAAGUCGCACUCCAGUAUUGACAGCUUGGCAUGUUCCUCCUCCAUAGCAUCCAAGGAAUCCGGAAGAAGGCUCAGACUGCUCCAGUUAAUGUCAGGUGACAGUGGACGAGGUUACUCGGUGCCGGUCAGUCCAGAACAUGGGGCACCUGUACCUUUGGUCAGUCAGGCUGGGCAGCCCAAUAGGACAGGUGCUGCCACAACCAACUGCGGUGUUCAUCCCAGCAGUAUAGCAGAAAUACCAGUGGUCACUAGCCAACAGGUGCCCAUUAGUUCUCAUCCUGGUGGCUCAGGAAGUUCUGCAACUACGUCCAUUAGUACCCGCACCCCCACCCCUACUGUUGCCAAUGCCUCUGUGCAAGGAAACACUGCUGUUGAUGUACAUAGGGAGUCCCCUCCUCCUCUUCCUCCUCCUCUUCCUCCUCCUCCUUCCUCUUCUGCUUUAUUGCAAAGUGCCAAAAGAGAUCAGUCAGGGCAAGGAUCUGGACGUUGGGAAGGGGAGCAGGGUAAUAGCAGAGCUGGUGUUGGUAAAGGAAUCCUACAAACUGAAACCUUGCCAUCGUCACAGGGCGGGGCCAGCUCCAGAAACAGUAGUGGAAGAAGUCAGAAGAGUGUCACAUUUGCCAGUGCCCCUGUGCUGGAACAGAGGACUGUGACGACACUUACUGCCUCGUCACCAUCUUCACAUGGGUAUGAUGGACAGGAACAUUUGUAUGAAAAUCUUCCCUGCCACGAAGCUGAUAAAACUCAAAUAGUCCAACAUGUAGAUCCUGGUCAGUUGAAUUACCACCAGGUUCAAGGCCAGCAAAACCAUCAGGGUAAUCAGUUUUACGUGAAUGGAAUAGGUCAGGGUCAUCUUAUGGGUCAAGGCCAUCAAAUGGGUCAAGUUCAAGGUCAUCCUGUGGGUCAAGUCCAAGGUCAUCCAGUGGGCCAAGUCCAAGGUCAUCCUGGAAUGACCAGUGAUGCAAUUCAGAAAGCUCAGUAUUAUUAUGCCACCCAUCCUGCCAACAUGGAGAUGUCCAGCUACUACAUGCCUGUGGACUAUGGACACAUGAACAACAAUCUCCCCAGCUACAGUGAAGUAAUGGAACAGAAAACGGUGACUGUCUCCCCGGAUACCCAGUACACUCUGUCGGCCAACCCAGCCCUUUCUGUAAAGCCAGUGAGUAUUGCCAGUGGUGUGGCGCACAGCAGGCCUGUUGUCACAAAACACUAUGCCACAGUACCAGGGAACAAUAACAUCAAGCAGUUUGCCACAGGUCCUGAGGAGGCCCCCCACCAGGGCCGGGUGCCCAGGCAGUAUGCCACAGUGCCAGCAGGGCCAGUUGGUGGGGUCACUGCCACAUAUGCCUCCAACACUGCCAAUGAUCACACUACUGCUGCCAGCCCACGUGGGGUAUCAAAGCAAUAUGCUACUGUGCCUGGAGAACCAAUGGGGCAUUCAUAUAAUGUCAUUGGCAGUGGGAAUGGUAAUACUAUGGGUGCUGCCAAUGCUGGUCCUGCUACAGGCGGUUACAGUGGAAAUCUAUUGCCCAGAGGCCCAUUGGGUGCUGCUUUAGGGAGCCAUAGGAUGGUGACUGCCACUCCUACCCAGUCCAAUGGACCUUAUGCAGGCAUGCCACAGAGCCAUGUGGGAGAACAGCAACUUUCAAGCCAUCAAGGUCCUGCCAGUAUGCUGAACAACCUAGCCCCUGGAGGAGUCACACAGCAGAAAUUGCCUACGGUAUCAAAGCCAAAAACUCAGCAGCAGGCUGUGCAACAACCAGGGCGGCAACAGCAGAGCCCAUCUGAUAGGCUGCCACAGGGGAAUAGGCAACAGAUGAUGCCUGGGAAUGGACAACAACAACAGCAGCAGCAGCAGCAGCAACAGCAUUUGACAUCAUUGCAGCAGCAGAAAAAACAGCAGCAACAACAGCAGCAGCUUGGUGCAGUAAACAGAGCAAAACAAGCUACUGCUUCAGAAAAGAAACUGGGUAUCCCAGAGAUAGUCCAGGAAGAUGAUGACACUGCCGAAGGGGAAGAAGGGGCCCAGCAUCCAGACAUCGACCAAAUCCGUGAGCAGAUUGACCACAUGUCGCUGCCUCUCCUCAAAGCACUAUGCAAUGACAAAUCCCUGGUGCCAAACAGCAGAAGCGGAAACUGUAGCUGCCAUGGUAGCUGUAGCGACAUCCUGAACCCCUCGGCCCACCAACACUAUCACGGCCCUGACCCUAAGAGGUUGUCUGCCAGUUACGCCAUUAAUAGUGAGCCUCAGUUUCUGGCCCCGUCUCCUGCCCGCCCUAUUAGUUGGCAUAGUGAGACUUUCGACCUGGACAAACAACUGCAAGCUUUUCGGAAAAUGCAGGAGUGCGGAAUGCAUGGCCAGUGUUUCCAGAUGAAAUGUGCAGACUAUAAACUGCUGACGGAGCCCUCGUCUGCUGUCAUGACGUCGUACAGCACACCGCGCCAAGACACCCCGGUGAGAGGGACACAGCCCCAGCGGCAAAUUUUUCCAAUGAAACUGAGCAGCGGAGGUCUGAACUCGUCUAGCUCGGAGCAGCUGGCUCACACUUCAGCAUAUGGUCUUGCCUAAGAAGCAACCACUAGUCCAAUAAUGUACAUAGAACCAAGUAGUUUAAAGAUCGGGCAGAUGCAUGCAUAGAAAAUGUAUAUGUACAUACAUAUAGAUAUAUUAGUUUGUUUAUGGAUAUGUAUGUUAACUAGAUCUUUUCUAGUUUGACUAAUGAUUAUUUAAUGCUCAGAAUUUAAGCAUAAUAUUAAGAAGUAUUUAUGUAAAUAGUCACAAUUUGCAUCUGAGCAUUUGUCAAGUUAGAUUGCUUUCUAUUUUAUAACCUGCUGAUCAAACAUUUCUUUGUGGUUGUUUAUAUAAACAAAUGAUAAUAGUUAUAAUUAUAAAAGAUUCGACAGUAUUAAACCUGCAUAUAUUACAUUUUCUAUAAUCAACUUUUUAGGAUGUUUCUGUAAAUGAUUACCUUCAUUUCACUGGCAGCAUUUUUGGUAGUUUCUGUUUGAUAGAAAAUUUGUUUCUGUUGAGAUGCAUUGUUUCACCUUGUAAUGAGAUUAACAUAAGCUGCCUUUACAAGCAACUAGAUGGUUUGUCCAUUGUUUUGAGACAUCGCCUUCUAUAGCCCAGGUACCAUGUAAAGAUUGAAGUAAUUUAUUAUCAUUAUUAUGAAAGAAGUUCCUUCAGUAUUUUAACUUGAGAUAAGUGUCAGAAGGACUGAAGCAGUAUAUUAGCCAAUAUAUGGAUUCCGUGCUGAGUAUGAGUGAAUGAAUAAUAUAGCAGUGGUUGACGAGAUUGUAUCAACCUUUGUAUGAUAUGACUGAAGCGUUAUGAAAAGUGUGUAUUCUUUGCACUUUAAAGACAAAAGCAUGUGCAUGUAAAUAGACAAGUGCUGUUCUCCACUUAUUUCAAGAAGAACAGAGAUGACACAGAUAUAUACAUAUACAUAUAAAUAUAUGUAUAUAAUAGAUAAUAAUGGAAAUCAGUAUGACAAUGAGAUUAACAUGCUAGCAUCACUGUAGAUUAGGAUUUUAUUAAUUCACUAGUUUUGCCAGUUAUAUCUUAUGGCCAUUUUCUAUGCAAGGGUGAGAAGAAACUUCAGAACACUGUUUAUUGAAUGGGGUAUUUAUUUACUGCCUAAAAUGCACCUCUCCCACCAAAAAGAAAUGGCAUCUUCAUUUUCUUACAAUGUUUAGUACCAGUACUAUUGUUAGAAUGCUUUAAUUUUUAGAUUUUAUUUAUAUCAUUAUUUUUAAGAGGAUGUGAUCUGUAGUAACAUAAAUAAUUAAUUUGUCAUUUUUUGUCAAAGGUGGGAGAAUUAGUUUGAAGAAGCACUAUUGGAGUAUCAGUUGGAACCCCACCUGUUGAAAUGUCACAGAUGUUCUCCCUGUCAGUUCAAAUGUUUUAAUUAUAUAGAGGGUGUACAGAAAUCGGUCUAGACAUCAACAAGAAAUGCAGUGCACUUACUUGUUACUGAGGAAAUUAUAGAUAGCGUUAGUGUUUUGUUUGUGUGUGUGUGUUUGACAGUCCUGGAUUUGGGCAACUCAAUUUGCAUAUAAAAAUGGUGCUAUAGAAGAGGGUAACUCUUCUAACUGACUAACUGACAUUAGUUUUUAUUAAUGAGCUCAACAUUAACUUUGUAAAUUUUGAUCAUAUAAAUGUAUGAAGUGAGGGUGCCCAGAACAAAGUAUUGCCAGAUUUGGGGGUUUAAGGGUCCUUCUGUAGUUUUUUUCCUUUCUUAUUUGCUGGUGCAAUAUAUAAUAAGAGGGGGGAGGAGGGGACAUGCUAAGAAAGAUGGCAGUUUGCCACGUAUCUGGGAGUAAAGAAAAUUGCUUUCGGCUGAGUAAAGGCAUUGCAAGUUGUUGAACAUUUGGGCAAGUUUUCUUUUCAGUCAACAACAUAAAGAAAUACAUAAGCCUAAAACUUGCCAGACAUGCUGCAAUAAUAACCUUCUUCAGAGUAAAACUUGCAGUGAUGAGCAUCUGGAGAUUUUGAAACAUACUUAUUUUUUAUAUUUUUAUAUAUAUCCUUUAUAUGUUUUGUAGAAAAUAACCACUCCCUUUAGUUAAAUUUGUUCCAUAGUUGUAAGUGUUGAAUCCAAAAGUGUUCUCACAAGAAUAUUAUUUUCAACUCGAGUUAGUUCUACCAGCAAAUUUUUGGACAGUUACAGUAAUCUCACAUGAAGUCCUAUCAUAUUAAAUGAUAUUAUAUGGGUUAGAGGACAUUUUUUAAAAAUUGUAAAUAGGUCAGCAAUACAGAAUCCUACCAUUCUAGUGUUAUUUCACCUUUGUAAAAUUGGACAUUAUUUUCCAAAAUUUUUCUUCAAAAAUCAUUGCAAUUUUUUCUUUUUUUUUUUUUUUGUAUGAAUGGAUGUUUAUACCAGUUAAAACAGUAUGAUAACUCUUAUAAUUGUACGUUUCCUUUCAGGACUUUUUCAUUAGAUGGAAGAAUCUCACUUUGUAAAAUUGUAGCAAGACCUGAUCUGGUUUAUAUAUCCCUUAAAUUUAACAUAAUAAGAAAAGGCAUGCAGUCCCAGUAUUUAUCUGCUUUAGAACUUUUUAGAUCGACCUGAUGCUUUUCAUUAGUUUGACAACUAGCAAUAUUUGUUGUAUUUUUCACAUUAUUUUUCUUAAAAUUUCAAUUGAGAACCAAACUGCAGUUAUCUAAGUUGUUGAAAUGGACUGAAUGAAUUUUUGAAUGUAUCUGAACCUUAUGUUAUUUGUUACUAUUAUUAUUAUUAUGUAUGAAAGAAAUGAGGAGUCAUUUUCUGUAAACUGUAACAUAUUACUUAUAAAAUAUAAUAUAAUAA